AUGAAAUUUAAUUCCUUGGAAGAUGCUUAUGAAUUCUACAAUUCAUAUGCGAAGAGACAUGGUUUUGGAGUUAGAAAAUUCAGGUCAAGAAAGAAGAAGGAUGAUAUUGUAUAUCGCAAACAAUUUUGUCGCAAUAAGCAAGGUUUUAAAAGCAAAGUGGGCAAAGAGAGGAGUUAUACAAAAUUGGAAACGCGGGUUGGUUGCAAGGCAAUGAUUCAGCUUCUUUUUGAUGGUGCUAAUUGGAUAGUGGAGCAAGAAGAGGAUCAACACAACCAUGAGUUAGUUCCAUGCAAUCAAGCCCGCUAUUUUCGCUCUCACAGGGAUAUGCCUUCGAAUGAUGUAGCAUAUUUGUCACAAUUAAAAGCUAGUGGAGUUGGUGUUACCGCUGGUUAUAGAGUUCUUUUGGAUCAAGCUCGUGGUGUUCAAAAUAUGCCAUAUACAAUAAUUGAUGCCCGUAACCACGUUGCAAAGCUUGAACGGAGAAUUUGGGAAGGCGGUGAUGCAAAUGGCCUACUUAAUAUAUUUAAAGAAAGACAGGCCCGGGAAGAUGGAUUUUAUUUUAAUUAUGAUCUGAAUAAGGAAACAACAUCAUUGUGUUCCAUUUUUUGGAGGGAUUCUCGCAUGAGGAAGGAUUAUGAGGUGUUUGGUGAUUUAGUUGUAUUUGAUACUACUCAUAGGACAGUUAAGUACAAUCUUGCAUGUGCUCCAUUUACAGGGAUGAACCAUCACAAGAGAAACAUUAUGUUUGGUGUCAGUUUUUUGCUUCAUGAGGACAAGGAUUCAUUUCAGAGGUUGUUGGAUGAAUUUCUGAAGUCAAUGGGUGGGAAGCAGCCUGCCACAAUAAUGACCGAUGAAGAUGCAGCCAUGGCAGCUGCAAUUCCAUUGGUGUUAACGCAAUCCCGACAUCGCUUAUGCACCUGGCAUAUUGAUGAGAAUUCAAAAAAGCACAUUCAGUAUCUUCGGAUAAUGCCCGGUUUCAUCAAUCCUUUUCAUUUGGUUUUGAGAUCAAUGGACACAAUACCGGAAUUCGAUUUUUAUUGGAAAAAGUGA